GUUCCGACGGUACUUUAAGCUAGAAGCUAAAGCUAGAAAGGUUGUUAUCAAACGCUUAUUUACCUUAACUCAUUAGUUGACAUUAAUUUGACACACUGUUUGAACACAUGAGCAUGAACCUGAGAGUGAAGUAGAAAUAUUUCCAGGUCGUUGCCAUAAACUUCUGUCGAGCGACUACUUUUUACCUGAGGGAAAGUCUAUGCAGAGGUUGGUCAAAACGUCUAUUGUCUGUUGUUAAGCGUUAGCUAGCUGAGUUAGCGUGGUUUGCGGAGCCGGGGGCAAGUCUGCGCAAAUGUAUAAUUUUAACGUCCAAGGAUGAACCGGUGCGACCUGUUAUUUGUUGCUGAAUAUCGGCUGUAGCUUAAGGGGACUGAUAGCUGCUUGCUAAGAUGAGCAUAGCUCGUAAACGUUAGCGGAUCGCUGGAAAAUAACAGCAGAUGGAGGUGGUGGCUGACCAAAGCGCUGGUCACCGCCGCGUCACGACUCAGACAUCAUUCAGCCUGAGGUCAAACUGUCUGUACUGCUGCGUGCAUCUGCUCCUGCUGUGAUGGAUAUUUAUUGCUACGAUAUACACACCAACAGGCUGUAUAUUUGAGAGAUGGGCUCUGAAAACCCAGAGGACUUUGGACCAACUGUGAUCCUCGCUGAAGAUGAUCAGCAAGAGAUUGGAGGGCUGAUCAACUCUGAUGGUGAAGAGGUUGAUUUCUCAGAUCUUGGAGUGAAUGCUAUCCCUGGUGUUGUACCUGCAGAUGCUCCCUCAAAGAUAUUUGGUCCAAGUGAGAACGAAAAACCACCUUGUCUUCACAGCUGCUCGGUAUGUGGGAAAGACUUUCCUUAUGCCUCUAAGCUUCAGCGCCACCUACGUACUCACUCAGGAGAGAGGCCUUUCCCGUGCUCCAUGUGUGAGAAGAGAUUUCCAGAAAAGGGGCUUCUCAUGAUCCAUGAAAGGGUCCACACUGGCGAAAAGCCAUUCCCAUGCACUUUCUGUGAGAAAAGAUUUGCCAGUCAAGGGGAGCUCCGGCUACACCGGCGGACACACACCGGUGAGAGGCCUUAUCACUGCUCUAUCUGUCUAAAGAGCUUUUCUCGUCACUGGCACUUGAAAACGCACUUGGAGGCGAUGCACUCCGAGGUUGUCGCAGGCUUUACGAGGAAGAAAUUUCCUUGUUCAGAUUGUGAGAAAAGUUGUAACUCAGCUGCUGAGCUGAGAGAUCAUCAGAGGACUCACACUGGAGAGAGACCUUUCCAGUGCUCAUUCUGUGACAAACGCUUUGCCUUGUCAGGUACACUUGUAAGACACGAGCGUCUCCAUACCGGCAUCACGCCUUAUCACUGCUCUGACUGUGGGAAGACAUUUGCACAGCAGUGGACACUGACUACACAUAUGCGUACUCACACAGGAGAAAAACCCUACAGCUGCACGCAGUGCGACAAGUCUUUCGUUGCUCCUGGAGAGCUUCGGAGGCACAUGAGGAUUCACACUGGGGAAAAGCCGUACACCUGCACAGACUGUGGGAGGCACUUCUCACUGGCAGGAACUCUUAGAAACCAUAAGCGUUCAUGUACACAGAGCAAGAAGGAAUCCGGUACAGAGGACGUCCCGGACCUAGAUCAGGCUGCAGCUGAAGAAUCUUCCCAGCAAGAUCUGGUCAGCAACGACAGCUCUGAGGUGUCUGUCAGUCAGAGUGUGCCUUGUACAGCUGAGUAUAAUUCCUCAGAGGGUUUUAAAAAAGCAGCUCAGUGUGAAAAUGCCCCGAAUGGACCCGUCGACCAGCCGGACAACACUGCGCCCACCCCACAUAUGAAUGUAAUCGUGAAAGAGGAGGAAGAAGAGGAACCAUUGUGUGUAGAAGAAACUCCAGAGCAGGUACCUGUUGGUGAGGACUGUACUAUUCCAGAAGAAACUGAAAAGCGGCAUCAGGAAAGCAGCACAGAAAUUAGUGUUACAGUAAAGGAGGAAGAAGAGCAGCCUCUCAACAUGUCUGGAAAAGAUCCUGAUUGUGUUGCAGACAGUGAAAAAGAACACCCUCAAGCAUUGCCAGUGCGGGAACAGUCAAAUAACAAUGUACCAAAGAGCUCUUACUGCUGUGGCCUCUGUGGAAGAGACUGCCACAAGAUGUCUGCACUUCAGAUCCACAUGCGAAUUCACUCUGGAGAGAAACCGUAUCGUUGCACUCUAUGCGGGAAACAGUUUACCCAGAAAGGUCAACUGAAAGGUCACUAUAAAGUUCACACAGGAGAGAAACCGUUUUCCUGCCCGGACUGCGGGAAGAGCUUUGCUCACUCGGGGGCCAUGAACAGACAUCGGCUCACGCACACAGGAGAAAGGCCCUACCACUGCUCCAAGUGCGACAGGAGUUUCAACCAGUCUGGUCGUUUGAGGGAACAUGAGAAAAUCCACUUAGGGGAGAAGUUUGACUGUCCUGAGUGUGAAAAGAGUUUCACACGAGCUUCAAGCCUGAAGAACCACUUCAGGCUACACACAGGAGAGAGGCCAUAUGGCUGCGACAUAUGCGGGAGAGGCUUCAGCCGCUCACAAAGCCUGAGGCUCCACAGACGAAAGCACGAGCAGAUUCAGACUGAGGAGCAGUCUGUGAGGAAUGAUGACUUUUCACAAAGCGACGAUAACUCUCCAAUUAACAUGUGCAUAACAGACAAGAAAGAUGGAUGAUGUAUUUAUAAAAGGCUACCAGUAGUAUUAUUAAGACUUCGGACAGUAAAACAUAAACUAGAUGAUGUGGAAGUAAGGGACUACCUCCGUGACUAAAACUUCAUUAAAACUUUUGUGUGGUGGUUCACACUAAAGAUGGGCAGCACUAGUCCACUGGGUGCUAGUCAUCACAAUAAAUGUUAGUGUGAUAAGUAAAAUAUUAAUAUUUUAUUAAUGUACAAUGCCAGUAAACUGUUCUAAGAUGUUACGCAGGAGUGCAACCCCAGCAGCACUCCUCUCUUUCUUUCUGUGACAAGAACCUGAAAGCAAGCAAUGUGAAAAACAAGCAGAUGACAGACGCACUAAUCAAUGUGGUCUGGUAGCAUUUUGAUCUUAAAAACAAACGGCUGCACAUAGUCAGUGGCAGUGUAAACUGUCUUAGCAGUGCUAACGUUAGCCACACUUGGUAAACUAAUCUUGUACACUAACGUGUGUGUGCAGUGCUGUGCACGGCUCAGUAUCACACAGCUGCAUUAAAAUACCUUUUAACUACUAAAGAAUGUGAUUAGCUGUUUUAAAUGGCUUUCAGAUCCAUAAGCAGUAUAUGUGCGUCCACUAGAUUAAGCAAAGUUUUGACUGUCGUAAGUGUUUUCUCACUUUGAGAUUGGCAAACUGGUCUGUUUUUUUUUUUUUUUUUUGAUCUCCCAUUUAAUCAAGUAGUAAAUUUGCCUCCAGGAUCAUCCCUAGUUUACACAAAAAUUAUUAACAUAAAAAAACAAGUAACUCCCUGAAAAGUGUGGACAGAUCACUAAAAAGACCUACACCAAGUGACGUUCUGCAAAUAACAGCAGCCAAACACAUUUUCACUAAUUUGCGAAAAGUCUUGGAAAAUGCUUAAAUUCUACAUGUUAGAGAUUACAUUUACUCAGCUCUGUCGCUCAUUACCUGUCUUUGAGCCACUGGAAUAGUGCACUCACAUUCAUUAUAAUAAAUGACUCUAUGGUUACAUUUUCAUGCAGUAUUUGUUAUCAGACUUAUAGUGUGUGGAUAUUGGGUUGAAUAUUUUUGUUACAGUGGCCAUAAAGCAAUUUAAGAUUAAAGGUACCAUAUCCUCCAAGUCUGUGAUACAAAAGGCAGUAAUUUGAAGCCAUGUAGAUGAUUAAUUUUGCCAUGUGCUGCCUCUGUCUAAAUGUGUGGGACAUGUUAUAUUGAACAAUAAAAGUUCUAAACACUACUUUGC